AUGAUCGAUUCUGUUGAGAAAUCGCCUCUGGGGUUCAGAGCGGAACCAACAACUCCGCAUUGCAGAGGGUCUCCUGUCUCUCGCAUAGAGACUCUUCCACGCACGCCCAGCAAACCCAAAACCAAGCAGACCAAACUCGCGCUCGGGGAUGAAACAGCGGACUUUACAGUCGUAUGCGAGGGGGCGCGGUACAUGGCGCAUAAGGCCAUCCUGUCAGCCUCGUCACCUUACUUCGCGCGCAUGUUCCGCUUCAGCGGCAGCGAGAUCAACAAUAAGGAAGUCGAUGUGCAAGACGUUGAUGCGCUCUCCAUGGAAAAAAUCUUGAAUUACAUGUACACGGGCAUGUAUGCGCUCCCGUACGGCAUUCCCAUCCCGGAAACCGACUACUGCAAGCACAGCAGCUUAGCUCUCCUAAAGGGACCUGCUAGUAGUCCAAAGAUCUUCAAGCGCAAGUGUCCUUGUGCAGGGAAGUGUCUUGCUCCUGCUCAUCUACUCAUGCACGUGCGCAUCUACACGGUUGCAGACUAUCUGGACAUGUUUGACCUCAAAUCGUACGCACAACAGGGUGUGGAGGAUGUUUUGCAUGUUUAUUGGCAGGAUGAGGGCUUAGGGCUGGCCGAUGCACUGGAAGAGGCGUUUACGGCUACACCGGAUGACGAUAAGGGUAUGAGAGACACAUUUGUGGGUGCACUAAAAGAGCAUCCAGGCUUGACGGUUGAUGUAGGAGACGUGAGGGCUUGGCUAGAUGCGAAUCCGGAUGUAGAUGAGAGUGUGAACUGGGGUUGAUUACAGAGGGUGGCUGUGACAUGAUAGAUGGAUUGGCCAAAGACUGGUUUCGAUAGGUCUUGAACUAAUGCAUGACAUAAAUUCAACAUG